CACGUAGCGCUGCGGAGGGAGCGCGAGCCGCGUCCGCCCGCGGGGCCUGCGCGCGGGACCAGGCGGCGGCCGCUCCGGCGGGAGAGGGGCCGAGCGCAGGGACAGGCCGCGGCAGGGAGGGACCGGCCGCCCUGCCCGCCGCCCUCCCGCCUCGCCGCCUCCGCCCGCCCUCCGCCGCCUCGCCCGUGCCCCCCUCCCCUCCCCGCCCGGCAUGGAAGGCGGCGGGGGCGGCCCUGAGGGGAUCGGCCUGGAUAAAAUGUUCAACGGUUCCUUGGCAACUUUCUCCAGAAGAAUAAUUACUACUGCUCUGCUCUUGCCAUAAUACCAGAAUUCUGUGACCUACACAUCAGUGCUAAACACCAGCAGAGAAUCGUGUUUUGUUCAUUCUGUGUAGAUGGAACAGGCGUCGGUCUUGAGAUCCCACCCUGAUUUAAAGCUGCUUACUUGGUUUUCUGGGAUUAAAGGUGCUCCAUGAAUCAGGGCCCCCCAAAUGAGUCAAACAGCCAAUUCUUGCCAACAGUUGGUUGAAAGCUGCACGGCGCAUGUAGCAGGGAUGGCACAGGAGGACGGUCGCCGCGGACAAGUGCCACCCCCGUUCUAUCACGGUGCCAGCCAGGAGCUCGACCUGUCCACCAAGGUGUACAAGAGGGAGUCAGGAAGCCCGUACUCGGUGCUGGUGGACAGCAAAAUGAGCAAACCGCAUCUCCAUGAGAGAGAGGAGCAGCCGUAUUUCAGGGAGAACAGAUCGGUAGGAGAGGUCCGGGCUGUGAAAGAAGACAGAGAAAACUCUGGCGACUCUGAGGAGGAAGAAGAGGAGGAAGAUGAAGUGACUUACAAAAGGGAGCAGAUUAUAGUAGAGGUAAACCUUAACAACCAAACAUUAAAUGUAUCAAAAGGGGAGAAGGGUGUCCCCUCCCAGUCCAAAGAGACUGCUGUUCUUAAGACCAGCAGUGAGGAAGAGGAGGGUGACAGUGGGGAAGAGGCCACUGAAGACAGUAGUGAUUAUGAGGAAAAUACGAGGCAGAAGAAAAAAGAGGAAAGAGUGGAAAAAGUUAGUGUUGCACAAAGGAGAACAAGGAGAGCUGCAUCUGCUGCAGCAGCCACAACUUCCCCAUCACCCAGAACUACAAGGGGUCGUAGAAAGAGUGUGGAGCCCCCCAAGCGUAAGAAGAAAGCUGCAAAGGAGCCCAAGGCACCUGUGCAGAAAUCAAAGUGUGAAGAGAAGGAGACUUUAACCUGUGAGAAGUGCCCCAGGGUGUUUAACACACGCUGGUACCUGGAGAAGCACAUGAACGUCACUCACAGGCGCAUGCAGAUCUGCGACAAAUGUGGGAAGAAAUUUGUGCUAGAAAGUGAGCUGUCCCUUCACCAGCAAACAGACUGUGAAAAAAAUAUCCAGUGCGUUUCCUGUAAUAAAUCAUUCAAGAAGCUCUGGUCCCUCCAUGAACAUAUCAAGAUUGUCCACGGAUAUGCAGAAAAGAAAUUCUCUUGUGAGAUUUGUGAAAAAAAGUUCUACACCAUGGCCCACGUGCGGAAACACAUGGUUGCACACACCAAGGACAUGCCAUUCACAUGUGAAACCUGUGGAAAAUCCUUCAAACGCAGCAUGUCUCUCAAAGUCCAUUCCCUGCAGCAUUCUGGAGAGAAACCCUUCCGAUGCGAGAACUGCGACGAGAGGUUCCAGUACAAGUACCAGCUGCGUUCCCACAUGAGCAUCCACAUCGGGCACAAGCAGUUCAUGUGCCAGUGGUGUGGCAAGGACUUCAACAUGAAACAGUACUUUGAUGAGCACAUGAAAACACACACUGGAGAGAAGCCCUUUAUCUGUGAAAUCUGUGGGAAAAGCUUCACCAGCCGCCCCAACAUGAAGAGGCACCGCAGAACUCACACGGGGGAGAAGCCGUACCCUUGCGACGUGUGCGGCCAGCGGUUCCGCUUCUCCAACAUGCUCAAGGCGCACAAGGAGAAGUGUUUCCGCGUCACCAGCCCCGUCACCGUGGCGGCCGCUGCCCAGAUCCCGCUGUCCGUGACUUCUGCCGCCGCGGUCCCCGCCGCGGUCAACGCAGCCGCCGCCCCCGCGCCCCCCGUCAGCCUGAACCCCGUCAGCACGCUGCCCCCGCGCCCCAUCCCGCACCCCUACUCGCACCUGCACCUCCAUCCUCACCCGCACCACCCGCACCACCUCCCGGUGCCCCCGGUCCCGCACCUGCCGCCGCCUCCGGCUCUUUUUAAGAGCGAGCCCUUAAACCACAGGGGCCAGAGCGAGGACACCUUCCUGCGGCACCUGGCAGAGAAAGGCAGCUCGGCACAGCACCACUGACCCAGCGCCGCAGCGGGGAGCAUCGCUGCCUUCCCCAGCCCCAGCGCAGGAUCCUGAUUCUUCCCUUGAACCGGUUCAGAAACGAGGAAACGCUGUUCUGGAUCAGCAGCGCUCGUUUGAACCCGGGAACCAACAGGACCGAGACCCAAUUUGCUUGAGUUUUCCUGGUGACUUUUAUAAAUUUCAGAUACUGAGACUUGUGGAAUUUUAUAAUUUCAUAUCAGCUGAUGAGGUAUGCUUGCUUUUAUAUCCCGGACUUCUCCUCAAAGAGGAGACAGGCCUGGUUUUCUUUGUACUAAUCGGGAAGGCUGUGAGAUUAAUACAGAGCAUUAAUUGUAUCACUGUGUAUCGUAAUGGAUUCCUUUCAGCUUUUGGUGCCGGCUAUGGAGUGAGCCAGCCACGUAUCACAGUAUAUUUGAGCAUUAUAAAGAAAGGCAAAAAAGUUUCUUGUUUGUGUAGCUCUCCUAACACACUCUUUAUUUUACUACAGAAAUUAUUUUAGAGUUUUUUGUAUAGACCUAUUUAGUAGUCUGUUUCUAAAAUGAAAUGUAUUUCAAUAAGCGGUGUAAUUUUUUCAGUGUAGCUGGACCUAUGUUGUAUAAUAGAUAAAUUUUUAUAAUCAUCAAAAUGUGAUUCUUAAAAGAUGCAUAUAGCUUCUAUAGUUAAAGUUAUUCUUACAACCAUACAACUUCAAAGGUGCUUCAGAGAAGAAUCGAACCUGAGAGUCUCUGGAAGGUGACGUUGAUUUCAGAACUUUACGUAAUUUAUUUUAGUAGAGCUUUUUUCUUUCCUUCUAACCGUACCGUUUCCCUUUUCGCAGUCUCUGUUCAGCUGUGGGGCGGCGCUGUUCCUGCUCCUGUUCCUUUGGAGCUGGGGAUGGGAUCGGGCGCUGCUCUUCGGGUCGCGUUGUGGGAUCCCCGGAGCCGUGAGGACCGGGCUGCGGGCGGUGCUGAGUCGGGUGUUUGUGCUGGGUGGGUUGGAAGGGCUGCGGUGAGACGGGUGGUUCAGUCGCAUCGUUCAGGAGCUGCCGUUGCGCUGUGGGUACCCGUGGAGCUCCAACCUUGGGAUGAUCUCCAAGGCCUGGAGUCUCACAUUGGGCAAAUCCAGCAGUUGUAGGGUAGGAAACUCUGAGUUGUUCCUAAUCCCGGGAGGUGACGAGGGGAAAGGACAAGUUUAGCGCAGGGCUGGGGGCUGGGACGCCGGGUCUGUCGGGUUUAACCCCAAGGAGCUGUUGCUGGGUCAGGUUUGUGCUUCUCUCCAACUAAAAUAAAUACAGCAGCGUUAUGCAAUCUGGGGACUUGCUGCCACCUUCAGUGAAGACAGAGACCCCCUGUACUGUAAGUCCUCUUUUUCUUUAAAUCCCUGCUCUUCUGUGCUGCUUUUUCAAUGAAAUCCCAGCAAACGGUGUGUCCAGAGAUCCGUGGGGCAGGUGUCGACCUUCCCGUUCUGCUCGGUGAUGAACUGGACUUGUGUGACAAAUGCAGUUAAUGGUUUUUCGAGAGAGCAGAGGCGGUGGUAAUCCUUCCCAGCCUGACUUCUGCUGCCGAGCGCUGUGUUUGAAACACCACGUCUCUCUCUGUGGAGAACUGGCUCCUCCGUUGGUGUUUUCCACUAUUUUCUACCACCUAAUCAUUAACGUUGGGUUUUUCAUAACUCGCAUAGGAAACUUUAGGAACCAGAAAGGGCAGUUUUGGUCCAACCUACUAAUUUUUGAGUGAGCUGAAACCCUUUCCAGCAUUUCUGAAAAAUAAAGCAAUGGUUUUUUAAAUGUUUUCUCUAGAAUAUUUAUAUGCACCCCCUUACCUUCUAGUAAAAAAGCCAGUUCUGACAGUGGAUUUACCCUCAUGAUGACUGUUAUAUUUCCUGCGGCUGCUCCGCCCCGGGGUUCUAUGCAUUCCACGUCACAUUUGCAACCGCGUUUCUGUUGUGCCACUAUUUGAUGGUCAGGCCUGUUAUUAAAUGAUUUUUAAAUGCUAAAAAAAUUAUUGGUAAAUCAAUUGUAUUCCAGUUUUGCAAAAUGAUUUUCUUCUCAAUAAAUUUACAGUAUUAGGCUGCUAUUCAGAAUUCUAAAA